CCCAGCUGGCAACUCACUGCUGUAUUUACUAACAAAUUACAUGUUUUUUUAUUUGUAUGCCGUUCUUGCCGAUCGAUUAGACCCGGCAGAAGCAACAACAAUAACAGGAACGAAGAACAGCUGGCGCGCGCACACGGAGACACAUUCCAAUGCACUUUCUCUGCGACGAAGAAAACCCGUCGAGCGGCUUAUUUGACAUCCAUUUCGAUAUCAAUACGGCGGCAAUAGAGAGAAAUAGCGAGAAAUACAGAGAAAUAGAGGCCACCGCUCGCUCGCUGGUUGGGGCACCUGUAGAGCGACAACAACAAAAAGUGGAUUGCCAUCAUCAUCAUCACCAUCGUUGUCUUGGCCGUUUUUAUUGGGCAUUAUAGCCAGCACAGAACAAGCCACAACAGUCACAAUCGGCCCGCUCUGGCGUUCGUUCGUCUUAGAACGCUUAGGAAUUCGCUAUUUGCAUAUUUUCGCAAGAUAUAUGCAGUGUCUUAGAGCUGGGCGUGGAGCAUGUUUAUCGCCCUGAGUCACUCUACCAGCUAAAAAGAUAUGGCUUCGAUUGUGGAGAAAGUGCGUCGCGUUUUGGAUGCCAAGGAUCUGGGUGACAUUACCUCGGAGCUGUGUGACUUCUCUCUGAAAGAACAGAACGCCACCGCCGAGGCCCAGGGCGUGCAGCCCUCCUCCACCUCUGAUUUUGUACCCGUUCUUGGCCAGACGGUCACCUACAUUGUGGCCAGUGUGCUGAUCAACGAGCACGACGAGCUGCUCAUGAUCGAGGAGGCCAAGCAGAGCUGUGCAGGCAAGUGGUACUUACCCGCCGGCCGUAUGGAGCGCGGCGAGUCCAUCACAGAGGCAGCCGCCCGGGAGGUUUUCGAGGAGACCGGCCUAAAUGCCGAGCUGAACACUCUGCUGGCCGUUGAGGCGGCUGGGGGUUCUUGGUUUCGCUUCGUGCUCACCGGACGCAUUACUGGUGGGCGGCUUAAGACGCCGGCGGAUGCCGAUGCCGAGUCCAUACAAGCGCGCUGGGUGCGCAGUCCCAAAGAUGUACCGCUCCGAGCCAACGACAUACUCAACAUCAUUGAGAUUGGCCGCGCUUAUCAUCGAGGCCAAAAGAUCCCCAGUAGCCCCACGGCACUCUGGCACGGCAACAUACUGCCCACUCGCUUUUCCCACAAGCGGAACUAUCUGCGCGUGCUGGCCGUGGCCCGGAAGCGAGCCCACAACUCCCUCAACAUUCUGGUGAGCGAGAAGAAUGUCCAUCACUUCCCCACUGUGGAACUGCAUCCGAGUCGCAGCAUACACUCCACGCUGCGCAAGUUUAUGAUUGAGAUUUUUGGCGCCGAGCUGCCCCAGCACCGACCGCAUGGCCUGCUGAGUGUGGAGCACUCGGCUUCGGAGGCGGAGAACACGGAUGGGAUUUGCUUGAAUCUUCUGGUGGCUUUCCGGCCGCCGCUCGAGGAGAUCUCGCUAAUUGGCAAAUGUAUUUGGCAGGAGCUGGGAGCACCGCUCGAUGAGCAGUUGGGACGCAUUGUCAGCAGCAAGAAUGCCUCCAUUCCGCUCAACGUGAUACGCUGAGGGCCUUACUCUUAAAGCUAGAAUAAUCUGUCCUUAGCUAUGGUGCAAGCAAUCUAUCCGUUACAAGUUGCAAUUAAAAAUAACCCCCCAAGGUGAUGUCUUUAAGAUGUCCCUCACAAUUUUUAAGAA